AUGUGCGGACCGCUCCUGCGGCGAGAGGACACCGUCAUGCGCCAGGCAAUCUCGGUUGAAAAGCGAGUGGCGGUGAGCCUGUACAAACUGUGCUCCUCUGCCGAGGACAGGUCCAUCGCACACCUUUUUGGCAUCGGACGGUCAACGGUGAACACUCUCUACAAAGAGUUCUGCGAGGCGGUCAUCACCACACUUGAGCCUGAAUGGGCGGUGGGAGCUUUAGAUGGCUGCCGUUUUCCAAUUUCUCCACCGAAGGAGAGUGCGACCGGUUAUUACAACUACAAGGGCUGGUACAGCAUCGUCUUGCUUGCUCUGGUGGACCACCGGUACCGCUUUCUUUACAUCAAUGUUGGAUCGCCCGGACGCUGCCAUGACGUAUACGUAUAUCAACGAUCAAGCCUGGCACAGUGUGUUGAGGGGCCACUGUUCCAAGCUCCAGUAGCCACCAUGAACGGCGUAGCAGUGCCGCCUCUCAUCCUGUGCGAUCAGGCGUUCCCUCUGACAUCACACCUGGUGAAGCCAUUCAGACAUCGGGCUCGUCUUGACGAUGACAUGAGGCGGUUUAACUACCACCUGUCAAAAGCCGGGAGGAUAGUAGAAAAUGCAUUUGGCAGAAUGAAGGCGAGGUUCAGGUACACAAUGAAAAGGUUAGAAUGUGACCUAGACAAUGCUCCACUUGCCAUUCGCACUUGUUGCGUACUGAACAACAUCUGCGAGGCAUUCAGUGAGCCGCUGAUGCAACAGUGGGCUUCUGACUCCGAGGUUGCAAGCUCUGUGUACCAGCAGCCAAAUGGUGCCACAGAUACCAGAAGUGCAAGUGGGACAUGUGUGCGGGAUGCAAUUGUUGUACUGUACUGUACUGUUGUACUACAAACAACGAGAACAUCAGUGAGGUGA